AUGGACGACGCUACUGGCCCGCGGGGCGGGAAGGGGCGGAGUGCGUGUGAUCUAUGCCGACAUCGUAAGAUCCGCUGUGAUAGAAACCAACCAGCCUGUGAGAAUUGUCAUAUUGCUGCAUUGCCAUGUACAUUCUCCAAGCCAUUAUCGCAGCAUCGAAAGAGUACCCGACAGGAGCUGGCCGACACCAAAGCUCGGGUUCGGGAAUUAGAGACAAUUCUUCUCGGACUUAAGCAAAGCCACAAAGGGCUAGGGAUUCCUUCCCCCAGGGCUCCUUCUCCAGGGCCCCUUAGCCCACUUUCUGUGGCGUCUUCAUCCGCAUCCCUUGCCACAGUGACUUAUCUGCCUGACACCCGCGAUUUUGAUACCGCGUUGGCAGCUUUCCAAUGGCAUAUCUCGUUCUGUGGACUUGGAAGUGCUCUUUCUUCUCAGAGAGCAUCUUUUUACUCCUUGAUUGAACAGCAAACGGGUCGGACGUUCAAUAUAGAUGUUUUUGCCCAUGAAGUCACCCAGUCAUUCAAAGCAGCCCAGCUCAAAUCAACGAAAAAGGUGGUUGGCAUCAAAUGGCCAAAUUCGGCACUGGUCCAGCGGUGUCUGGAAUAUUUCGACAAAAAUGGGCUAUACUCCAUCUUUCCCAUCGUGGACGUGGAGGCCAUGCAGAUUCUCCUUAACGCAAAUAUCUUGGACCAACCAGCUAACAUGACUCGAGUCGCCAAUCGUGCUUGUUUGGUUGCGUUCGCGGCAAUGAUCACUCAAAUUCAUCGCCAUGAGGCUGCGUUCUCCGGCACUGACCCAGAUGCGUAUGCACAGGCUGCCCUGACGCUACUUCCUGAAAUGUUACUAGAGACUCCCGAUCUGAGAACCCUGGAGGCAGUCACAAUAUUGAUGCUCUACAUCACACCUCUGGGCAGGCCCCAAGCAGGAGAAAUGUUAUUAGGUGUUGCAGUGCAACUCGUCUAUAACCUUGGAGCAAACAAAAUCCAAACCCCCCACGAGAUACACCGAACAGAUCAACGAAGCCAGCAUCUCCGAGCCAUGUUCUGGCACUGCUAUGCCAUCGACAAAGAAUUCUCUAUCCGGAAAUCUCAACCGCCAUUGAUCAACGAUGACGAUUGCGAUCUAGAUCUACCAACGACAUAUGCCAGAAACACCUCAGAGCGCCAUUUCUACAUGAAACCAUUGUCUUCGAAAGAGCUUCUCUUUCCAUCCGAUCUCCGCUUCUCUCUACUCAAAUCUAGGAUCUUCCGACUCCUGUAUUCAGUACACGGUCAAGCAUUGCCGGAAGCUAGACGCCUCCAGCAUAUCCGCGAAUUGGAUCAGGAAUUGAGUGAUUUGAAAGAGGGAUACCCCGUCAGCUGCCGACCGGAUGUAUUUGCCACUGAAACUGCGCCUGAUUACUUAUUCCACGACCUCAGUAUUCGUGGCGUCAAUAUCCACCUGGAAUAUUAUUACUGUCUCGGAAAGAUCCACGGAGCAAGCAGCUCGUGCAGGAUAACAUCACCACAAAACUGGUCACCUCUACCAUCCAGUGCCGAGCUAUGCUUUGAAGCUGCGCGGUCCUCGUUGAUCUACAUCUCGCGUACUCGCCAAUUCGUGAAUCAUCACACAUUUUGGAUUCAUGCACAGUUCCUUCUCGCAGCUGUCUUCUCGGUCUUCUGGUAUCUCAUCACAGUCCCAUCCUCGUCCACAUUCAGAAGGGAUCUCAGGACACUGGAAGAUAUUUCUGAGUUACUUGCUCAACUCAACAAACCCACAGAGGAUGGGCAGUCUUUCCCACCUUUCUAUGUUUCACAAGCUUUCAUUGAGCAGCUGAUCUCGCUGGCGAGGCACGCGCAGCCUAGGAUGGGAAAUUCAUGA